GUCACAAUUCGCCAAUUUUCAUUUCCUUCUCCUUCCGGCGGCGUCUUCUGCUUCGCCUCGCUCUCCUUCUCCUUCUCCUCCUCCUCCUUCCUUCUCCCAUGGAAUCUUCUCUAUUUUUGUCUUUUCCGUCGUUUCUUUAAGCUUUGGGGAGACGGUUCUUCCGGCGUUGGAAAUACUGCAUUAUCGGAAUUAGCGAGGAUUGUUUCUGGAUCGAGGAGAAUUUUCCUCGGUCUUGACUCUUGAAGCCUUUGCUGAUAGUAUACUUGAGCUGUGGGCGGCAACGGUUUGUCAUCAGCACUCACAGUAAGGCUUCUUUUCUUUUGGUGGAAACUGGAAAGGAAGUCCUUUACCUGAGGAGACAUUAACUCACAAACUAAAUGGAUGGUAAUUGUUCUGAUUUUGACUGGGACACUGAAGAUGAGUUGGAAAUUGAAAACUUCGGCCCACCAUAUUCUUCUGGAGUGACACAUGCUCAUGAAGAAGCUGUUGUAGGCUCGGCAGAGGCAAGUUCUGCAAGUUCCUCCAGUUGCAAGGUGAUUGAUCACUUUGUUGGAAUGGGGUUCUCUAAGGAACAGGUUGCCAAAGCAAUUGAGGAAAAUGGGGAGGAAAACACAAAUUUGAUACUUGAGAGUCUCCUACAGUGCCCAGCAAAGGAAAGCUCAUUACCUAGCUCCUCCAACUCCAAAGUGAUUGAUCACUUUAUCGGGAUGGGUUUCUCUGAAGAGCUGGUUGUCAAAGCAAUUCAGGAAAAUGGAGAGGGAAAUACAGAUUCAAUAUUGGAAACACUAUUGACCUAUUCGGCUAUUGAAAAAUCUCCUGCAAAGCAACAUAUUGAUUCUGAUCACUCAUCAGAUGUGGAAGGGAGUUUGAUGGAAGAUUUUUCAGAUUUUGAUAGUCUUUCUGAGACUGAGGAAAUUGCCAAUCCUGAUUCUGAUGAGGAGAGUAGAUUGCUGUUCUUAACAAAAAUGGGAUACACAGAGGAGGAGGCUUCAGCAGCCAUAGAGAGAUGUGGUCCGGACUCCACAAUUGCAGAGUUAACGGACUUCAUAUGUGCUGCUCAGAUGGCCAAGGCAGCAGAUUCACUUUUCCCCAUUGAAGUCUAUCCAAGGCCCAAACCUUCCAGCAAUGAUGAAUUGAAACUUAAGAAGAGGCAAUUUGACAAUAAUCCAUGGAAGAGUAAGAAGCAGAUGAGGCUUGAGAUGAGUGAAGAUGACGAAGCCCUUCAUCUUCCCAAUCCAAUGAUUGGUUUUGGGAUCCCAACAGAUCCAUGCCAUGUAACCAAUAGGAUUCUAACAGAGUCAGCCAUUGGGCCUCCUUAUUUCUACUACGAGAAUGUUGCCCUUGCUCCAAAAGGGGUCUGGAACACCAUCUCCAGAUUUUUAUAUGAUAUCCAACCAGAGUUCGUGGAUUCAUUGUACUUCUGUGCUUCUGCAAGAAAAAGGGGCUAUGUGCACAAUCUUCCCAUUGAAAACAGGUUUCCCCUUGUUCCUCUCCCACCACACACCAUUAAGGAAGCCUUUCCCUUGACUAGGAAAUGGUGGCCUUCAUGGGAUUCAAGAACAAAGCUGAACUGCUUGCAGACCUGCAUUGCCAGUGCUAAAUUGACAGAUAGGAUUCGCAAGGCACUUGAACUUCACGAUGGUGACCCACCUGAAAGUGUCCAAAAGUAUGUUAUUGAUCAGUGCAAGAAGUGGAAUUUGGUUUGGGUGGGAAGAAACAAGGUUGCUCCACUUGAACCUGAUGAAGUGGAAAUGCUCCUGGGGUUUCCUAAAAACCACACAAGGGGAGGUGGCAUUAGUAGAACUGACAGAUAUAAAUCACUUGGUAACUCAUUCCAGGUUGACACAGUGGCUUACCAUCUCUCAGUUUUAAAAGAGAUUUAUCCUCAAGGUGUGAAUGUCCUCUCCCUUUUCAGUGGAAUUGGUGGUGCAGAAGUUGCCCUCCACCGGCUUGGCAUCCCUUUGAAGAAUGUGGUGUCUGUCGAGAUAUCUGAAGUGAAUAGGAACAUUCUCAGUAGCUGGUGGGAACAGACAAACCAGAAGGGCAAGUUGCUUCACAUUGAGGAUAUCCAGCAAUUGGAAGAUAAUAAAAUAGAGCAGCUGAUGAGUCAUUUCGGUGGAUUUGACCUGAUUGUGGGUGGCAGCCCUUGUAACAAUCUUGCUGGGAGCAAUAGGUAUCACCGUGAUGGUCUUGAGGGGAAGGAUUCUGCCCUCUUCUUCGAUUAUGUUCGCAUACUGGAUUCAGUUAAACGUCUUUCUCCCGUGAGAUAGCGUUGCUGAACCCUUGAAUUCUUGUUUAGUUCUGAACAGAACAGUGAAAUAAUCACUGGUUGGUAGUCUUUUUUUCAAAACUGCCUUUUUAUCCUGAAAAUAAUCUGUUGUUGGGAGGAAGGCAAAACUGCCGGUGAUGAUUUCUCUCAAUUCAUUCUUAGUUUUAGUUAAUGAUGGAACAUAAAUUAUACAAUUUUUUUUAUAGUAGUUUAUCUCAAUUAUCUAGCUGUUGUGGUUAAUCUGGUAGCAAUCUUUUUAUCAUAGUAUAUAUAUUUUUUAAUAAUAAUUUCUUCCGUUU